AUGUUGGAAAACACCAAGAAGGGCACGGUGCCAAUGCGCGUCCUCAGUUUGUGUGAGGUGGAUUAUGACACCAUGGUGAGCGUCAUCAACAUGUGUGAUGCCAUUAUCAGGGAUUACCAACGUGACGAGGGCAGGCAAUGGUCCAAAGAGCUACUCCUUUGGAUGGAUAUGGCACGUGAUCAUGUCAACGAGUGCAUCUCCGAGCUUGUUGACAUGCCUGCGGUGGGGGGUCUUGUCAAUGAAAACAAUGAAUUGGGCAUGCUGGUUAAACUAAACGCCGCCUUGGUAGCGGCCCGUAUGUUUCCCGAGUAA